AUGGAGUUUCAAAUAAGCAUUCCUAAUAGUUGCAGAAAUAUCAUCCAAAUGUCCAACAAUGCAGCCAAAAAAACUAUGGAGACUGACCGGUUCUGUCUGCUCAAAAUUAUAGAAUGUUUGCAGUACCUUGUCCGACAAGCAAUGCCCAUGCAAGGAGACACCGACGAAGAAUCUAACUUAACUCAGCUGCUCAAACUAAGAGGGAAGGAUCAACCUGUCUUGUUCAAAUGGCUAGAGAGGAAGGAAGAUAAGUACACUUCACACGAGAUUCAAAACGAAAUUAUUUCUAUCAUGGCAAAUAAUGUCAUCCGCAAUUUAGUAGCAGAUAUCCGUGGUGGAUUUUUCAUACUUAUCGCUGACGAAUACACGGAUACAAGUAACAAAGAACAGUUAAUAAUAUGUAUCCGAUGCAUUGAUAAACACCUGGAGGUCUCUGAAGAUUUUCUUGUUUUUUUUUUUAACAUACCUGAUACAGGUGCAGAAACGAUAGUUUCGGUGAUUAAAGAUGUGUCACUAAAGCUACAAUUAUCAUUAGCUUACUGUAGAGGACAGUGUUACGACGGCGCAAGUAACAUGCUUGAACAUAAAACUGGCGUAGCUAAGAGAAUCCAGGAAGUCCAGCCCAACGCUCAUGCCACUCACUGUCAUGGACAUUCAUUAAGUUUGAGUGUAAAGGACACAGUAAAAAACUGUAAGUUGCUCUUAAAUACAAUGGACACAGCAAAAGAAGUCGUAACCCUCAUAAAAUUUUCUCCAAAACGGGAACGUCUAUUGGGAGACAUAAAGGAAAACCUUGAUGAACAACCUGCAACCGGAGGUGUCAUAAGCCUUUGUCCUACAAGAUGGACAGUGCGAGCAAGCUGCUUUCAUCGCAUCAUAGAUAAUUACUCAGCUCUUCUUCAGGAGUGGAUUGUGUGUCUUGACCAAAAGCUACAGACAGAUGUACGUGGCAGGAUUAUUGGAUGUCAAGCCCAAAUGAAUACCUUUGACUUCUUCUUUGGGCUACAUUUGGGUGAGCGGCUGUUCUCGCAUACAGAUAACCUAUCCAAAACAUUGCAAAAGACAAGGAUGUCCGCUGAGAGUGGACAAUGACUCGCCAAUCUUACAAAACAGGUCCUGCAGAAGAUGCGGAAUAACGAGUGCUUCAAAUCAUUCUAUAACACAAUUGCAACCAAGAGUAAAAAGCAUCCUUCCAUCUCGGAACCAGCCUUACCUAGGCAAAAACGAGCACCUAGCGGGUUUGAAAUUGGAACAGGGCCCCCAUGGUAUCCAACAACACCACAGGAGCAUUACAGACGCAUAUACUUUGAGGCGAUUGACCUAA